AUGUUUGGCCGGUUAUUUGGUUUUAAGUCAAGUCAAGAGGCCCCACGCCCUGGGGUGUCCCCGGGGAGGCCAAAUUCUAGUUUGGAGGAGUUGCAGUCGAAGCUUGAGCUUCUGGAAAAGCGUGAGGGCGUCUUGACGAAGAAGGUGGAGGAUGAGCUUGCAAAGGCAAGAGAGUUUUACUCAAAGAAAAACAAAUCUAUGGCUCUGCAGUGCAUGAAACGCAAAAAAAUGGCUGAGGAUGAACUCACAAAAAUCGCUUGUCAAAAGCAAAAUCUUGACACGCUCAUAUUCACGUUACAGAACCAGACCAUGAACAUGGAGGUGUUGGCUGCGCAGAAACGGGCGAAGGACGAACUGAAGUUGGUUAACAAGAAGAUGGAUGCUGAUGGUGUGGACAAUACUAUGGACGAACUGUUGGAGGAGAUGGAUAAAGUCAACGCGGUAUCGGAAGCUCUCCGUCAGCCCUUGGACGCUCAAGUAGUGGAUGAAGACGAAUUGUUGGCUGAGCUGACGGAAGAGAUGAAUGAUGUUGGGAUAUCGCAAACCACAACAGCGACAAUGGCGCCCGCGGCAUUGUUGCCGAGCAUGCCAGGUGUCCCCCAAAAUGCCCUUCCGCAGCAUCCAAACAAAGCUGUGGACGAAGAGGAGGAGGCACUACGAGCACUAGAGAGGGAACUACUGUCGUGA